GCUCUCCUUAGGAAAUGAUGUUAAUAAAUACCAGAGGAAGGGCAUGAGCAUGAACCAUCUUUCACGAGCCAAGAUGGGAUUCGUUAAGUUUUCAUCUGUUUCUCUUCUUCUUCUCCCCUUCUUCUUUCUUACGAUGCAACUCCAUCAAACUCUUUCAGUUCGAGCUGAAACCAACAGCAAGGUGUAUGUAGUGUACAUGGGAGCAAGGCAACAUGAAGAUCCCAACCUUGUUACGGCUUCACACCAUGACAUGCUUGCUUCGGUGUUAGGAAGCAAGGAGGCAGCUCUAGAGUCGAUGUUGUACAGUUACAAGCAUGGCUUUUCGGGAUUUUCCGCCACUCUUACGGAAUCGCAGGCAAAGCAAAUCUCAAAAAUUCCUGGUGUGAUCCAUGUAACCCCGAGCCGAAGUUGUAAGCUACAGACAACACGAAGCUGGGAUUUCCUCGGCCUUGAUUAUAGUCAUCCUACAGAAAUCCUUUCCAAGACCAACCAAGGAGAUGGUGUGAUUAUCGGUGUGGUUGAUUCAGGAAUAUGGCCUGAAUCAAGAAGCUUUAAUGAUCUUGGAUAUAGUCCUAUACCGUCACGAUGGAAGGGAAUAUGUCAAGAAGGGGAAGCAUUUAAUGCAUCCCACUGUAAUCGGAAGAUAAUUGGAGCACGAUGGUAUCCACACGGAAUAGAUCGCGAACUAUUGCAAAGAGAUUAUUUAUCUCCACGUGAUAUAGAUGGUCAUGGCACGCAUACUGCUUCUACCGCAGCAGGUUCCAUUGUUAGUGUUAAAGGACUUGGUGCAGGAGUAGCAAGAGGAGGUGCACCUCGUGCGCAUUUAGCCAUAUACAAGGUAUUAUGGGGAAACGGAACUAUAGGUACUACUAGUGACACAGUGCUAGCAGCCGUUGAUGACGCUAUACACGAUCGCGUCGAUAUUCUUUCAUUGUCGCUCGGCUUCGAUUAUUAUGACAUAUCAAUAUCAUUCGGUUUCUUGCAUGCGGUAGAACAAGGAAUCACCGUUGUUUUCGCGGCUGGUAAUGAUGGACCAAGGCCACAAAGUAUAUCAAUUGAAUCUCCAUGGGUCAUCACAGUGGCAGCAAGUACGAUAGACCGAUCCUUCCCUGUUUCAAUCACGCUGGGAAAUAACGUCUCGAUUACGGGUCAACGAGUUAUCGGUUUGCCAAGGCGCCAAGAUGGAUUCAAACCACUAUUUCUCUCAUCCAAUGAUCAAAGCUGCAAUGGUCCUUUAGAUGCCACCUUAGUGGCAGGAAAAGUAGUACUCUGUUUCACAGAUAACAGGCCACCAUCCCAACAAUUCUCUACCGCAGUUUCUACUGUAAUGCGUGCAGGUGGCGUCGGCCUCAUUUUUGCACAAUACACUGAUAAUUUGCCACGAAGAUGUGUAAAUAUCUCUUGCAUUUUGAUCGACUAUGAGAUCGGAUUUCAAAUUCAAAACUACAUUGACGACUCAAGUACUCCAAUGGUGAAGUUGGGCCUUGCAACUACUGUUGUGGGAUCCUCAGUGUUAGCACCAAAGAUCGCAUCUUUCUCAUCUAGGGGGCCCAGCCCUUUCAACCCAACAAUUCUAAAGCCUGAUGUAGCUGCACCUGGCGUCAACAUCUUAGCAGCCGUCAACGACGGCUAUGAAUUCCAAUCAGGAACAUCGAUGUCAUGUCCACAUGUUGCGGCAAUCGCUGCCCUUCUAAAAUCUCUGCAUCCUAAUUGGUCUACUGCGGCUAUAAAAUCUGCACUCGUUACUACAGCUUCCAUCACUGAUGAAUAUGGCCUACCAAUAACUGCUGAGGGUGCUCCGCGGAAGCUCGCUGACCCGUUCGACUAUGGUGGGGGCCAUGUCAGCCCCAAUAGAGCUGUAGAUCCUGGUUUAAUUUAUGACAUAGAUGCGGCCGACUACUUCAAUUGGGUCAAUGGAUUCAUAUCAGACCUUAAUUUACCAUCAAUUUCAAUCCCCAGUCUUAAAACGAUUGUAACGGUCUCAAGGACAGUCACAAAUGUGGGACCCGUCAACUCCACAUACAUAGCUACGAUUCAAUCUCCCCCAGGUGUUAAGAUGGAUGUGACACCUUCAAUCCUUAUCUUCAAUAACACUGUCACCAAACAUUCGUUUAAAAUUACAUUCUCAACUAUUCGAAGAGUGCAAGGAGAUUACACCUUCGGCAGCCUGAUUUGGAGUGAUUACAAGCACUUAGUAAAGAUUCCCAUUGCCGUUAGGACCGUGAUUCAAGACUUAUAUGCAGAUGUCUCAUUGUGAUUUUCAAUAUAUGUAAAUUUAUCAUUUUUGAAAUUUCUUAUAUGGUGAUUACAUGAUAUUUCAGCUUAUCUCUGUUUACUUAA